AUGGACAUUAACAAUAUUUUUUGCAUUAUCCCAGAAUCAUCGUUUGGAUGGCCGACGCCGGCGGAGCCAUUUUCUAGCGGCCGGGCCUGGGAUGAGAUUCUUCUCAGCUUCGAUAACUCUGAAGAAAUGGUUUCGAUGGGUUUAUUGGGAGAAGAAGAGAGACCUAAAGAAUCCUCAGAGUCCAACAAUAACUCCUCCAUCGACGGCAUGAAGGAGGAAGUGGUUAGCUCCGGUGGCGAUCAUGGACACGAAGAACCGAAGAAAGUGAAGAGUUUCAGAGGGGUGAGGAAAAGGCCAUGGGGAAAAUUCGCAGCUGAGAUAAGGGAUUCAACAAGGAAUGGUGCUAGGGUUUGGCUCGGAACAUUCGACAGCGCCGAGGCAGCCGCUUUGGCUUACGAUCAAGCGGCGUUUUCGAUGAAAGGAGCGUUUGCUACUCUCAAUUUCCCCAUUGAAACCGUGAGGGAAUCGCUUCAGGCAAUCAAGUAUCAAUGCGAUGAGGACAACAAGGGUUGCUCGCCAGUUGUGGCUCUCAAGCAGCGGUAUUGCUUGAGGAAAAGAUCCAAGAACAAGAAAAGCAAGCAAAGCGUUGCUGUCGCAAGGCAACAGCAAAACAUGUUGGUGCUUGAGGAUCUAGGAGCUGAUUACUUGGAACAACUGUUGACUUCAUGUGAAACUGCUGCUCCUUGGUAA